AUGUCUUCUAAAAGUUGGUCCGUUGUGCUUCUACUGCCGCUGCUGAUCUCAGCACAGCAGGGGGACAAUGGGAUUGCUUUCCCAGAGCAUGGAUUUUGCCAGCCAAUUUCAAUACCGCUGUGCACGGACAUAGCCUAUAACACGACUAUCAUGCCCAAUCUAGUGGGGCAUUACAAUCAAGAGGAUGCUGGACUCGAGGUGCACCAGUUCUACCCUUUGGUGAAGGUACAGUGCUCACCGGAGUUGAAGUUUUUUCUCUGCUCCAUGUAUGCGCCCGUGUGCACAGUACUGGAGAAGGCGAUACCUCCGUGUCGGUCCAUAUGCGAGAGAGCCAAGCAUGGCUGCGAAGCGCUCAUGAACAAGUUCGGGUUCCAGUGGCCCGAGCGUCUCCGGUGCGAGAAUUUCCCCGUGUUGGGACACGGACACAUUUGCGUCGGCCAAAAUGACUCAUCCGCCGCUACCGUCUCACCCGUUCACAUGCCAGUCCCGGGCACCCCGGGUGUCCAUGUCUACUCUACAGCCGACGGCCUUUUCCGUUGUCCAUCUGUUCUCAAAGUUCCCCCCUACCUGAAUUAUAAGUUUCUGGGGGAAAUGGAUUGCGCAGCCCCUUGUGAACCCUCAAGAAGUGGGGGUUACAUGUUUUUCAGCGACAGAGAGAUUCAUUUUGCACGCAUAUGGGUUCUCAUCUGGUCUGUGCUUUGCUGUGCAUCCACUUUGUUUACAGUUACUACCUACUUGGUCGACAUGCAGCGCUUCAAAUAUCCCGAGCGGCCUAUCAUUUUCCUGUCUGGCUGCUACACUAUGGUCUCUAUAGCCUACAUCACUGGUUACUUCCUUGGAGAUAAGGUGGUGUGCAAUGACGGUUUCACCCCUGAUGGAUAUAAGACUAUUGUCCAAGGCACCAAAAAGGAGGGCUGCACCAUUCUCUUCAUGAUGCUCUAUUUCUUCAGUAUGGCCAGUUCUAUUUGGUGGGUCAUCCUAUCUCUCACCUGGUUCCUCGCAGCAGGUAUGAAGUGGGGCCAUGAGGCCAUUGAGGCCAACUCUCAGUACUUCCACCUGGCAGCAUGGGCUGUGCCUGCAGUUAAGACGAUCAGCAUCCUGGCCAUCGGACAGAUAGAGGGGGAUGUGCUCAGCGGGGUCUGCUUCGUUGGUCUCAGCAACCUGGACCCUCUGCGAGGCUUUGUGCUAGCCCCCCUCUUCAUUUACCUCUUCAUCGGGACCUCCUUCUUACUGGCUGGCUUUGUGUCACUGUUCCGUAUCCGAACCAUCAUGAAGCACGACGGCACCAAGACAGAGAAGCUGGAGCGGCUGAUGGUGCGGAUCGGGGUGUUCAGCGUGCUCUACACAGUCCCUGCCACCAUUGUCAUCGCCUGCUUCUUCUAUGAGCAGGCCUUUCGCCCCCACUGGGAGCGCAGCUGGGUCAGCCAUAACUGCAAAGGCCUGGCUAUCCCCUGUCCUGUGCAGGCCAGUCCCCGAAUGACCCCAGACUUUACGGUCUACAUGAUCAAAUACCUUAUGACGCUCAUAGUGGGCAUCACCUCUGGGUUCUGGAUCUGGUCUAGCAAGACUCUACACUCCUGGCGCAAGUUCUAUACCAGGCUGACAAACAGCAGGCAAGGGGAGACCACAGUGUAG